AGCCGCUCCGCGGCAUAUGGGAUCCUCCCGGACCGGGGCACAAACCCGUGUCCCCUGCAUCGGCAGGCAGACUCUCAACCACUGCGCCACCAGGGAAGCCCUUAGUUGUAGUUUUGAUGUGUUCAUGGGAGGAGUUAUGAAGGUGGAGGAGGAAAAGGCUGGGGUAGGGAAGCUGGACCCCACUAACUACAGGAGGCGAUGUCAGGAUCAGGAAGACUGCCGUUCCAUCCACAUUGGGCUUUCACUCCCCAGUUGCCCUCACAGAAAAAGAGACCAGAAGGGACAACUUUCAGGCCUGCAAAAGGUCCACUGGGGCUUGCGGCCAGACAAGCCGCAGCAGGGGCUGGCCAGUGCCGGCAGCACUGUGGAUCAUGUCAUCAGGACACGGUCUCCAGCUGCUGAGCAGCUCCAGGACAUCCUGGGGGAGGAAGAUGAGGCUCCCAACCCCACCCUCUUCACAGAGAUGGACACUCUGCAGCACGACGGAGACCAGAUGGAGUGGAAGGAGUCGGCCAGGUGGAUAAAGUUUGAAGAAAAGGUCGAGGAAGGAGGCGAGCGCUGGAGCAAGCCCCAUGUGUCCACACUGUCCCUGCACAGCCUCUUUGAGCUCCGGACCUGCCUGCAGACGGGGACGGUGCUGCUGGAUUUGGACAGCGGCUCCUUACCACAGAUCAUAGAUGAUGUCAUUGAAAAGCAAAUCGAGGACGGCCUCCUUCGGCCAGAGCUCCGAGAGAGGGUCAGCUACGUCCUACUGAGGAAACACCGUCACCAAACCAAGAAGCCCAUCCACCGCUCCUUGGUUGACAUUGGAAAGUCAGUCUCCUCCACCACCAAUCGCAGCCCAGGCCGGAGCCCCGCGGCGGGCCCGAGCCUACACCACUCCACCGAGGACCUGAGGAUGCGGCAAAGUGCCAAUUACGGCCGCCUGUGUCACGCCCAGAGCAGGAGCAUGAAUGAUAUUUCUCUCACCCCAAAUACAGACCAGCGGAAAAACAAAUUCAUGAAGAAGAUCCCCAAGGACUCAGAAGCCUCCAAUGUGCUCGUGGGUGAGGUGGACUUCCUGGACCAGCCAUUCAUUGCCUUCGUGCGUCUCAUCCAGUCAGCCAUGCUGGGAGGAGUGACCGAGGUGCCUGUCCCCACCAGAUUUCUGUUCAUACUGCUGGGACCUUCUGGAAGAGCAAAAUCCUAUAAUGAAAUUGGCCGUGCCAUUGCAACCCUCAUGGUAGAUGACCUCUUCAGUGACGUGGCCUACAAGGCCAGGAAUCGGGAGGAUCUGAUCGCGGGGAUUGAUGAGUUUCUAGACGAGGUCAUCGUGCUUCCCCCUGGAGAGUGGGACCCAAAUAUCCGAAUUGAGCCACCCAAGAAGGUGACUUCUGCUGACAAGAGGAAAUCCGUGUUCUCCCUGACUGAGCUAGGUCAGAUGAACGGCUCUGUGACGGGAGGUGGCGGAGGGGCUGGAGGCGGUGGCGCUGCAGGCGGCGGUGGCAGCGGGGAUGAUGGAGAGAUGCCAACUGUGCACGAGAUCGGGGAAGAGCUCAUCUGGACAGGAAGGUUCUUCGGUGGCCUGCGUCUGGAUGUCAAGAGGAAGCUGCCCUGGUUCCCAAGUGACUUCUACGAUGGCUUCCACAUUCAGUCCAUCUCUGCCAUCCUAUUCAUCUACCUCGGCUGCAUUACCAACGCAAUCACCUUUGGUGGGCUUCUGGGGGAUGCCACUGACAAUUAUCAGGGAGUGAUGGAGAGUUUCCUGGGCACUGCCAUGGCUGGCUCCUUGUUCUGCCUCUUCUCGGGACAGCCUCUCAUCAUCCUCAGCAGCACAGGGCCCAUCCUCAUCUUCGAGAAGCUCCUUUUCGACUUCAGCAAAGGCAAUGGCCUGGACUACAUGGAGUUCCGCCUCUGGAUUGGGCUACACUCAGCUGUCCAGUGCCUUAUCCUGGUGGCCACAGAUGCCAGCUUUAUCAUCAAGUAUAUCACCCGCUUCACUGAGGAGGGCUUCUCCACCCUCAUCAGUUUCAUCUUCAUCUAUGAUGCCAUUAAGAAGAUGAUUGGUGCCUUCAAGUACUACCCCAUCAACAUGAACUUUAAGCCUGACUCUAUCACCAUCUACAAAUGCGAGUGCGUCGCCCCCGACACAGCGAAUACAACCGCGUUCAAUGCCUCAGCCACGUCGCCACCAAACACCAACACUUCUCUGUACAACCCCCUUAACCUCACAGCGUUGGACUGGUCCCUGCUGAGCAAAAAGGAGUGUUUGAACUAUGGUGGGCGCCUACUUGGGAAUUCCUGCCAGUUCAUCCCAGACUUGGCACUCAUGUCCUUCAUCCUUUUCUUCGGGACAUACUCCAUGACCCUGACCCUGAAGAAGUUCAAAUUCAGCCGCUAUUUCCCUACCAAGGUUCGGGCCCUAGUAGCUGACUUUUCCAUCAUUUUCUCCAUCCUGCUGUUCUGUGGAAUUGAUGCCUGUUUUGGCCUGGCAACUCCCAAGCUGCUCGUGCCAAGCGUCAUCAAGCCCACGCGGCCUGAUCGAGGCUGGUUCGUGGCCCCCUUUGGGAAGAACCCGUGGUGGGUGUACCUGGUAAGCAUCCUGCCCGCCCUGCUGGUGACCAUCCUGAUCUUCAUGGACCAGCAGAUCACGGCCGUCAUAGUCAACCGGAAGGAGAACAAGCUGAGGAAGGCUGCCGGCUACCAUCUGGACCUGUUCUGGGUGGGCGUCCUCAUGGCUCUCUGCUCCUUCAUGGGGCUCCCCUGGUACGUGGCUGCCACGGUCAUCUCCAUUGCCCACAUCGACAGCCUCAGGAUGGAGACGGAGACCAGCGCCCCUGGGGAGCAGCCGCAGUUCCUGGGGGUCAGGGAACAGAGAGUGACCGGCACCAUUGUCUUCAUCCUGACAGGGAUCUCUGUCUUCCUGGCUCCCAUCCUGCAGUACAUCCCUUUGCCAGUGCUGUAUGGAGUCUUCCUCUACAUGGGUGUGGCCUCCCUGAAUGGCAUCCAGUUCUGGGAUCGCUGCAAACUCUUCCUGAUGCCGGCCAAGCACCAGCCGGACCAUGCCUUCCUGCGGCACGUGCCCCUGCGCCGGAUCCACCUCUUCACCCUGGUGCAGAUACUGUGCUUGGCUGUGCUCUGGAUCCUCAAGUCUACGGUGGCCGCCAUCAUCUUCCCAGUCAUGAUCCUGGGCCUCAUCAUCGUUCGAAGGCUUCUGGACCUCAUCUUCUCCCAGCAUGAUUUGGCCUGGAUUGACAACAUCCUUCCAGAGAAGGAGAAAAAGGAGGCAGAUAAGAAGAAGAGGAAAGGGGCCCGUGAGCACAGUGACGAGGAGCCCCAGUUCCCUCCUCCCUCAGUUAUAAAGAUUCCCAUGGAAAGUGUCCAAUCAGAUCCCCAAAACGGUAUCCACUGCGUUGCCAGACAAAGAUCUUCCAGUUGGAGUUACUCACUCUGAUUCUUCCUUCAGUGAUUCAGAACUCGACCGAAGCAUCACCCUGCACUUCAAAAUCUCCUGUCCAGCUUCACCUGCCUUCAGCUACUCACAGAGCCCAGUCUUCAUGGUGCCACAGGUGA